GAUGCUUUUCACUGGGAUUGUCUUGACAAGGAAUGUCGGGCCCUUCCUCCAACUACUGCCCCCGCAGGAUACACAUGUCCAACCUGCUCGGCUCCGAUCAUUCCCACAAAGAAUUCCAAUUCACCCGUAGCGGCGGCUUUAAAUCAGAAGCUCUCGACCGCAGUUUGGGGCAAGACAUCCGCAUAUGUGCCAGGCAUGGACAUGAGGGCCAGCGCACACGACAACAACGCACACCAAAUGGGACACGCGAACACCUCACCACCAGCAAGGGAUUAUGGGAACCAGUACAAACCGCCACCAUCGCAGUACACACAACAACAGAGCACAGUGCAGAUAUCACGAGAUGACUCCGUUGACAGGCGACCGAGUGGUUUACAGACGGCCAGUUGGGUCACGCGAUGGAAGAGAAAACUGGGCAUCAGGCCCCUGGCGCUGAUGGGCAGAGACUUUACUAGGCUGGCCAUCGUGUGUCUCGGAGUGCUGUGUCUAUAUCUGCUGAUGCAACGGUGAAGAGUCAUCCCGGAAUUCAAUAUAAAAAAUCUAUUCCGGUACGGGGGUUUUUUUGUGUAAACCCUGCACUCGAUGGUGU